AUGGCUGACAAAGCUGGAAAGAUCCUCCCAGGACCACUGUACAUUGAAGUGGAGUAUGAUUAUGAGUAUGAGGCAAAGGAUAAAAAGAUUGUGAUAAAACAAGGGGAGAGAUACAUCUUAGUGAAAAAGACUAAUGAUGAUUGGUGGCAAGUCAAAAGGGAUGAAAAUUCCAAGCCCUUCUAUGUGCCAGCACAGUAUGUGAAAGAAGUAACACGAAAAGCACUAAUGCCACCUGUUAAACAAUCAGGUGGUCUGCCAAAUAGCUCUUUGAAACUGAUGCAUAGUUUACAGAGGUCGACAGAAAAUGUGAACAAGUCGCCAGAGCUUUCUAGUUUUGGAAAAUCCUCUCCAGUGUCUGGCCUAGUUCGUGAUGCCAAUCAGAAUCUGGGACCAAAUAGUAGCCCAGGUCAAAAUCUUGGCCUGAGCCUGGACCUUGCCCAAAAUAAUGGAAAACUUAACAGUGAGUUGCAGUCCCCCAAGGUUUCCAGCCAGUACAAGUCUCUCUCUCUGGGCCAUUUCACUUGUCCAGAGUUAAUGGAAAUCGAGAAGACCAGCUUCUCACAUGAACAGUCCUGUGAUUCAGCAGGGGAAAGCUCAGAAAAAGUCCAUCAGGAUUCAGAGUCUGGAGAUGAACUCAGUAGCAGCUCCACAGAACAAGUGCAGCCAACUACUCCACCAAGCCAAGGCAGGCCGGAUUCACCAGUUUAUGCUAAUUUACAAGAACUGAAAAUAUCUCAGUCUGCACUUCCACCUUUACCUACAAGUUCCCCAAUUCAGAUUAAUGGAGAAUGGGAAACCCAUAAAGAUACUACAGGACGUUGUUACUACUACAACAAAGGAACACAAGAAAGAACCUGGAAACCUCCUCGUUGGACCCGGGAUGCAAGCAUAAACAAAGGGGAUGCCCAGAGCCAAGCUGAUCAGGAGCUGCUUUCAUCUGAAGAAAACGACCACAGUUCUUGUUACAGCCAGUCAGAUAGUCAGUAUGGUUCUCCUCCAAAAGGUUGGUCAGAAGAAUUGGAUGAACAUGGUCAAACCUUAUAUACCAAUGACUAUACUAAUGAAAAGUGGAUAAAACAUGUAGACGAACAAGGUAGACCAUAUUACUACAGUGCUGAUGGAUCACGAUCAGAAUGGGAACUGCCAAAGUAUAAUGCUUCACCACAGCAGCAAAGAGAAAUAAUUAAGAGUAGGAGUCUGGACAGGAGGCUACAAGAACCAAUAGUUUUAACAAAGUGGAGGCACAGCACGAUUGUGUUGGACACCAAUGACAAGGAAUAUCCAGCUGCUUCAAAGCCCAACUGUCCGGAAAAUGAGUCCUCUCCUUCCUCGCCAAAGCACCAAGCCACAGGUCAAGAGAAGUAUGGAUUAUUAAACGUAACAAAAAUUACAGAAAAUGGGAAAAAAGUCCGAAAUCUAGAGCACUCUGGGAUCUUCUCCUUUGUCUACAUUGUGGUGCCUUGUACUGAUUCCUCAAGUAUCAGUUUCACAAAGAACUGGAUGUCUUCAUGGGCAGUAUUACAAGGUUCAUCGUUAUUGUUUACUAAAACCCAAGGAACUGGAACUAGUUGGUCAUUUUGCCAGUGGGGCUUAAUUCCUGAGCUCCUGCUCUCGCUGUUUUCUUCUUGGAAAAAUGCUCUCAGUGGUCGGCCUGCUGUCACCUAUGUAAACUGUGAUCCUGUUUCAGCUAUCACUAAGUUUGGGGUCAAUCAAUCUAAGCCAGAAUUCACAGUGGAUCUCAGAGGGGCAGUUAUUGACUGGGCAUCAAAGGACAAAUCCAGCAAAAAGAACGUUAUUGAGCUGAAAACCCGGCAAGGAACUGAACUCUUAAUUCAAUCUGAUAAUGACGUUUUUAUUAAUGAGUGGUUUAAAGUUCUUAGUUAUACUAUCAGUAAUCAGGCAGUGGAGUCUGAUGAAGCAUUCGAAGAUGAUGUACCGGAUUCCCCAGGGGUGGAAAAACAAGACAAAGAGAAGGACCAUAAGGACUCCAAGAAACUUCGUUCAAUGAAAAUAUCUAGCAGCAUAGAUUCUUCAGAACAGAAGAAGACAAAAACAAAGCUGAAGAAAUUUCUUACACGACGCCCUACAUUACAAGCUGUUCGAGAAAAAGGCUACAUUAAGGAUCAAGUGUUCGGGUCCAAUCUCACCAGCUUAUGUCAGAGAGAAAACAGCUCAGUGCCAAAGUUCGUGAAGCUGUGCAUUGAACACGUUGAAGAACAUGGAUUGGAUGUUGACGGGUUAUACCGAGUCAGUGGCAAUCUUGCAGUGAUACAAAAGCUAAGAUUUGCAGUUAAUCAUGAUGAGAAAUUGGACUUGAAUGACAGUAAAUGGGAAGAUAUACAUGUCAUCACAGGAGCUCUAAAAAUGUUUUUCAGAGAACUGCCAGAACCACUCUUCACAUAUAAUCAUUUCAAUGACUUUGUCAAUGCAAUUAAACAAGAACCAAGACAGCGUGUUCAUGCUGUCAAAGAUUUAAUUAAACAGUUGCCAAAGCCAAAUCAAGAUACCAUGCAGAUACUUUUUAGACACCUCAAGAGAGUUGUAGAAAAUGGAGAAAAGAACCGAAUGACUUAUCAAAGUGUAGCAAUAGUUUUUGGACCAACUCUGUUAAAGCCAGAGAAAGAGACUGGUAACAUAGCAGUCCACACUGUUUACCAGAAUCAGAUUGUAGAAUUAAUUCUGCUGGAACUGAACUCCAUCUUUGGAUGUUGA